CCGGUCCUGGUUGUGAUUUCUGGGCAUGCGCAAGCCAUCCGCCAUGACGCCAUGAGAAAGUUCUUGCUUGUACUCCCGCUUUUGGAGGCGGCCCGCCCUGCAAUCGAUCGUGACUUGGUCCAAGAUGCUUCCAGCCUCCAGCUUGACAGUGACAAGGAGACGGCGCUUGCAGAAAUGUCCUUUGACUUUCAAGACAGUAUGAGCACCUGGGGGACCGCCACAACGACCUACCUUCCUGGUCUCCAAGGGAAUGAGGUUCCCGGCGUGCUGCAUCGCCUGCAUAUUGGUCCACAGUAUAUGCCAGAGCUCUUUGACGAGCGAAUGGACCAGGAUCUGCGGGCGAGUAUCAUUUUGGGGCAGGGCAGUUGGCUUGCAGUGCCCACCACGACUUUCAACUAUGAUGCUGUGCAUGUGCGGUCAGGCCGCGUCUUUUUUGUGGGCCUGGCGGCUAUGGCAGAGUGGCCGACGUCCGUUGUGAAGGCAUCGAUCUCAGCGAUGCGGGAGGCAAAGCCAGUGAGCUUUGUGUUGGCUGCCAGCAACGGCCUGCUGCUGCGGCAAAUGCUGUGGGAGCUGACACAGAAAUUGCUGCCGGACGUAGACGAAGAGAGGCAGAAUGUGAUGCGCUGCAACCUGCAUUCCUCGCGGAAGGGGCGGACCUUCAUGCUGCUGACGCUGGGAGUGGGCUUCCACACUGCGACGGAUGGCCAGCUGAUCGCAGGGGCGCAGGCUGCGGGCGCUUCGCAGCUGGCGCUGGCGAUGCUGGACGCGCUUCGGGACCGGGGCAGCUGCCAAGCCCUCUAUGAGGUGGUGGAGGAUGACGAGCGCUGCUAUGAAUACGACUGCACCUUCAAAAAGACUCCUGCAGCUAUGACGGUGGAGGACACCUUGGCAGCACUUGUGCCGAUGCCGAACUUUAACGCGGCGCCAAAGCCAAACAAUCUGCAGAGGGAGCCGCGGAGGUGCGGGGCCGCCAGCUGCGAGGCGGCCUUGUCGCCGGAGGAGUUGAAGACGUUGCCCUGGGAUCGCCUGGGCCUCACGCGGGUGCAGGUGAAGGACAACGGCCUGGAGCCAACCGCACAUGACCUGGGAGGAGUGAAAGUCUUUGCCAUUCCAGGCCGCACAGAGCACAAACCGAAGGCGGCCAUCCUCCUCUCGAGCGCCGAUGAGGCGGCCGCGCUGGAGGAUUUGGCGAAGCUGAGCCAGGACCUCGCCGGGCUGCUGAUGCAGAACGUGCACCUGCUGACGCCCGCGGGUUUGGUGCUGGCCGGCACGGAGCUGAAGCUCUACCAGAUCACCAACCUCGUGGAGGGAAUGAAGGCGCACCUGAUCAAGAGUCACCAUGCGGAGGUAGCAGAGGGCCUCAUCAACUGCAGCCUCGAGCUGGAGGAGAAAGAGGACGCCGAUAACCACAGAGCGAUGGCUCUAAUUUCCCUCGGCGUGCCCUGGGAUGUUGUGACCGUGGGCAAGGUCGACGUUCUCGACCAGGCCAAGGACAACUGCGCUCUUGCGCUCACUGUGGCAGCGAUGAACGAGGUUCGACGCAGCCGCUCCUGCGCUGUCCUGGAGGAGAUUGCGGAGAUCGCCCGAAAGACUCAGUGCAAGCUGGUGGACACGAUCGGGAAGGAUGCCGAUAUCCCAAACAUCGAGCCCUGGCCCUCUACUGCGAUUCUGCCGCUGCCACCCCUCGGCUGGUUUGACGCGCCGGUCCUGAGUGAUGCAGGACUCAGCCCACCCCGUUCAGCGAGCGCCAAAGUUGAUGGCUUAGAAGGCGAUGCGACUUCUGGCGACGAAGUCUUUGGCCAUCCGCGCGCAGGGCUGGCUCCUGAACCAGGUCUGAGAAGGCUCGGGCCAAUCAAGCCCACGUAGCGCUGACAUCGACACGUUUCACCAUUCAAGCCGUUGCGAGCCCCACGCAACGUAGCUAGAUACAAGGAACACUUACCAAC